GCGCUCGUGCACGUCACGGCGGUCAUGGAGGCCAGUGUGGGGCGCGCGCAUCCCGGUUCGUUACGUCACUUGAAGCGCCCUGACUCGUAGCUCUGGCAAAGAGAGGAAGAAGACGACAGAAGUACUCUAAAACAGGGCUUUCCCCGCCGUUAUCAGCUCUCAAAGUGAUAACAGCCCGUCUACAACAAUAGAUACAGGCACAGCCAUCUCACCAAACCGGACUAACCUCUUGUGGAAGAAGGAAUAUAACAUGACCAGAUUAAAGGGAUAAAACCAGGCGCUCUUCAACACAUGGUGAAAAUGAAACAUCUGCAUCUUUGAAUGCUUAAAAUAAGCCAAAAGUAGAUCACAGACCCUUCAAGAUUUACAAAAAUCAUCUUAUCGGUCCAUAUUGUCAUUUUCUCUUCACCCUUGCCCUUCUCCGGUCAAAACCACCAUGUAUGGUAGUGCCCGAUCCGUGGGCAAAGUAGAGGGCAACCACAGCGGCGGGAGCAGUCAGAGUCCCGGCCGCUCGCCCCGUCUCCCUCGCUCGCCCCAUCUGGGCCACCGCCGCACCAACAGCACAGGGGGCAGUGGAGCGGGAGCGGGAGGUCCAGGUGGUAAAACCCUUUCCAUGGAGAACAUCCAGUCUCUCAAUGCUGCCUACGCCACAUCCGGCCCCAUGUACCUGAGCGACAACGAGGUGGUGGUGUCUGGCCCAGACCUGCCGAAGAGCACCAUGACGCUGGGCCGCUCGGGAGGACGGGUGCCUUACGGCGUGCGCACCACAGUCAUGGGAUCCAGCCCAAACAUCUCCACUGGGGCUCCCGGAUCCGUUCCCACUGAUGCCAUUGCUUUUGGAGACCACCAUAUGCCUUCCACCCUGGCGUCCACUGUGCCUCAUUCGCUGCGCCAGGCGCGGGACAACACCAUCAUGGACCUGCAGACCCAGCUCAAGGAGGUGCUCAGGGAGAACGAGCUCCUGCGGAAGGAGGUGGAUGUGAAGGAGAGCAAACUCAGUUCCUCCAUGAACUCCAUUAAGACCUUCUGGAGCCCCGAGCUAAAAAAGGAGCGCGCCCUGCGCAAGGACGAGGUAUCAAAGAUUGCCGUGUGGAAAGAGCAGUACAGAGUCGUACAGGACGAGAACCAGCAUCUCCAGAUGACCAUCCAGGCCUUCCAGGAUGAGCUGCGGAUCCAGAGAGAUCUGAACCAGCUGUUUCAGCAGGACCCCAGCGCUCAUCCCGGCGAGCCCCUGACCGCCGAGCUGACCGAGGAGAACUUCCAGCGGCUGCACGGUGAGCAUGAGCGGCAGGCCAAGGAACUGUUCCUCCUGAGGAAGACUCUGGAGGAGAUGGAGCUGCGCAUCGACACGCAGAAACAGACGCUCUGCGCUCGAGACGAAUCCAUCAAGAAGCUCCUGGAGAUGUUGCAGAGCAAAGGGCUGUCGGCCAAGGCCAGCGAGGAGGACCACGAGCGGACACGGAGGCUGGCUGAUGCUGAGAUGCAUAUCCAUCACCUGAAAAGCCUUUUGGAGCAGAGAGAGAAAGAAAUGGUCUUGCUGAGGGAGGAUCUCCACCGACGAUUUGAGGGAGCUCCAGAAUCUGCCAAAACCAAGGCCCUGCAGACUGUCAUCGAGAUGAAGGACUCUAAGAUCAGUUCUCUGGAGCGCAGUCUGAGGGACCUGGAGGACGAGAUACAGAUGCUCAAGUCAAACGGGGCUCUCAGCACAGAGGAGAGAGUGGAGGAGAUGAAACAGAUGGAGGUCUACCGCAGUCACUCCAAGUUCAUGAAGAACAAGGUAGAGCAACUGAAGGACGAACUGGCGCAGAGCGAAGCGCAGGGCGAGGAGCUGAAAAAGCGGGUGGCUGAGCUGCAGCAAGAGAUUGACCAGGUGAAGCAGGAUCUCUCCAGGAAGGACACUGAGCUCUUGGGUCUGCAGACUAAACUGGAGACGCUCGCCAAUCAGUUUUCUGACAGCAAACAGCACAUCGAUGUACUCAAAGAGUCUCUCACUGCCAAAGAACAGCGUGCUGCCAUCCUGCAGACUGAGGUCGAUGCUCUGCGUUUACGUCUGGAGGAGAAGGAGGCUACGCUUAAUAAAAAGAGCAAGCAGAUUCAGGAAGUGUCAGAGGAGAAGGGCACCCUGAACGGAGAAAUUCACGACCUCAAAGACAUGCUUGACGUCAAGGAACGCAAGGUCAACGUGCUUCAGAAGAAGGAGCGUAUUAUCGAGCGUCUGAAGGAACAGAGGGAUAGAGACGAGAGAGAGAAGAGCGAAGAACUGGAGAGCAACAAGAAAGAGCUCAAAGAGCUGAAAGAGAAAGUCAGCUUACUGCAGGGAGAGCUGUCUGAUCGCGAGGCCUCUCUAUUGGACCUGAAGGAGCAUGCCUCUUCCCUGGCCUCCUCUGGACUGAAGAAGGACUCCAAGCUGAAGAGUCUCGAAAUCGCUCUUGAGCAGAAAAGAGAGGAAUGCACCAAAUUUGAGAGUCAACUCAAGAAGGCUCAAUCCAUCGCAGUUGAGGCUCAGACAAAUGCAGGACUGUCGGAGCGCAUUGCCACACUUGAGCAGGAGGUGGUGCGUUACAAAGAGGAUGCUGGGAAGGCACAGGCCGAGGUGGACCGGCUCCUGGAAAUCCUCCGUGAGAUGGAGAAUGAGAAGAACGACAAGGAUCGCAAGAUCAACGAGCUGGAGAGGCAAAUGAAAGACCAAAGCAAGAAGGUAGCCAACCUGAAGCACAAAGAGCAGGUGGAGAAGAACAAGAACGCACAGUUGAUGGAAGAGGCUCGUAAGCGAGAGGAUAACAUGAAUGACAGCUCUCAACAGAUCAAGGAUUCUCUGCGGCAGAAGGACGAGCGCAUCGAGGAGCUGGAGGAGGCCUUGCGUGAAAGCGUACAGAUCACGGCCGAGAGAGAAAUGGUGUUGGCACAAGAGGAAUCUGCCCAUGCAAAUGCAGAGAAACAGAUGGAGGAGCUGUUGGCCGCCAUGGAAAAGGUGAAGCAAGAGUUGGAGUCCAUGAAGGCCAAGCUGUCGUCUACCCAGCAGUCUCUGGCCGAGAAGGAGGCCCACCUGACCACACUGAGGGCAGAGCGCAGAAAGCACCUGGAGGAGGUGCUGGAAAUGAAGCAGGAGGCACUAUUGGCAGCCAUCAGCGAGAAGGAUGCCAACAUCGCUCUUCUAGAGCUGUCAUCCUCAAAGAAGAAGAAGACUCAAGAUGAGGUGGCUCUGCUGAAGAGGGAGAAAGACCGACUGGUACAUCAGCUCAAACAGCAGACCCAGAACCGUAUGAAGUUAAUGGCUGAUAACUAUGAGGAUGACCACCUCAAUGCCUCCAAUUCUGACCAGACCAAUCACAAACCCUCUCCGGAUCAGAUUAUCCCCCCACUCAUAGACCUCAAUCAAAACCGCAGUAAGCUGAAACUGUACAUCGGCCACCUCACGGCCCUGUGCCACGAGAGAGACCCCCACAUCCUGCAGGACCUGGCCCCACCCUCCGCAUACCACCGCAGCCAACAGGACGCCUGGGAGGAGGAGCUUCAGAAGAUGAGCCCCGAGCAGCUGGAAUCCGAGCUGGAGCAGUGUGAACGAGAGAGUGCCGAACUACAGGAAUAUGCAAACUCCGUCCUGCAACAGAUUGCCGAUCACUGCCCGGACAUCCUGGAGCAAGUGGUCAACGCUCUGGAGGAGUCCUGCUGACCGGACCGGACCGGAUCACGGAGCUCACUCUUCCUGCUUCUCCUUCCCUUUCUUCUGUGUUUCACAGAAUGCCAGCACACAGACACAAACUCUCGUACCCUCACCCACAUGCACAAAUCAAAGGACAGACACAUACGGGAAAGACUGACAGCUCACAAGUCAAGUGCACGCUUGGAUUGGCUUCGGGGUGUGCGAAUGGUGGGCUUUCCUUCUCCUCUCCUACCACCACAUUCAUCCCCUCCGCACCUUCAGAAUCCCGUUUACACUCACAUAAACAUGGGGAAGAAGAAACCGAAAGAGGGAAACGGGCGGCAGGAAGCUUAGUAUUAUAAGACAUGUUCACUCAUUCAGUUAAACCCAUCCUGCGGGAGGUGAAGUUCUCUCUAUGAGGGUCAGGAAAUAGUCUCCUUAUCUUGAUAUACACUAUUGCCACAGCUUUUAAAAGCUGCAGGAUUUUGAAACCGUUUUGAAGCAAUUUAGAUUUUUUUUCCCCCUCCCUCCUCCUCUCCCUUUUUUCUAGAUGCUUUGUUACUGACGUUAAAUUAUGGGUCAUUCGCGCAGGGCAAAACUCCUGCACUCUCGAACCAUCUGGUUUCACUCAAAACUUGGUUAAUGCUCCGGUUGUGCCAGCAGACAGUCCGCGUGGACUUAAACAUAGCCUACUUUUACUAUCGAAGUCAGUAGCGGGUUUAGAUUACUGCAACCCCCACCAUCUGGGAAUUUACUAUUGACUUGGUUACUGGCCGAUUUCCUCCCCAAGUCUCGUUCAUGAAAGUUACAAAACGGACAAUAUGGGUAAUGUUAUCCCGUAUGCACCUGUCACCAGCUAAAGAAACCACAGCCCUGGUUUGUGUCUGUUAAAGGUGAGAGGAAGAAAAUUAUUUGCCUUGGAAGUUGUAGGUUUAUUGCUGCUAACAUUUGUCUUUGCAUGUGGCAGGUUUGGUUUGCUCGUGUUUUUCUAUAGCUCUCUGAUGAUGCCGAGGGCGGUAAAACAGAGGGUGUAUUGCAGACGCAGAUGUUGUGGAUGCAGAAGUGCCUCAUCAUCAGAGAGCAGCUGCCACACAUCACUGGAAUAGGAAAAUAGGUACCUAUCACUCAUUCCGUACUUUGAAAACGAUGUGGUCUCACACUGGGAUGAAGACUGGCGGUAGUCUUUCAGUUUGCUCGAUUUUGCUCGACAAGGUUUUUCUUGAAGGGUAAGGUCAAAUAAGAGUAGCUGUUUAGAUAUACCCUCUUGCUUUAUUCCACUCUCUCUUUUUUUUGAACAGUUGGAAGUUGUUUUUUGUGGUUGCUUUCUGAGAUAUCAUCAAGCUUUGAUCCCAAGCAUCUCGCAUGUACCAUCAUGCUCCUGUCUUUCUCUUUGCUUGGCUUCAUAUCAUCAUCCUCAGACCCGGGCGUCUCUGUUAGCACAGCCGGCAGGUGUAUCCUCUUUCACUUUAUGGUUAUAUGGGUCUAUAUCCGUUGCCAUUGGGUGUCCCUUUUUGGAGUGAUAAGAUACAACCUCGUUCAACUUGUGAUAAACGUGUUCGGCCGUUGCUUUAAAGUCCAGAGUCGACUUCCCCUGUGGAUGACACUGGGCGUAACGUGCCCUCUGCUCUUCUCUCUCUAUAUCUCCUCAUCCCUCCCUCAUUCAUGCCUGUGUGUAGUUUAUGGCUCUGACCUGCUGUGUUGUGUUAGUCAUACUCCUCUCUGCACGAUAAGCCCCACAGACAAGACAAACAGCACAAGAUCACAGCGAAUAUAAUCAUCUCUCUCUCUCACACGCUCCCGUAUCACCCUACCACCUCUCCUCAUGCCCAUGCCCUGGUUAUGAGGGAACCUGCCACGUGUUGUGGGGCCAAACGUGCGCUUUACCCAGAUUUGAUUGCAACUCUAGUAGCUGUAACUAGUACUAGAAUAAUGUUCUCCAGAGAUUCAUGUUUGUUUGUCUCUGAAUGAGUUAGACUAAAAGACGGGUUUAUGUAUUUGGGUGAAUUUCAUAAAAAUGCAUUCAGGUCACAUUGUACGCCAAAAUCAUAAGAAAUUAUAUAUUGCAUAAAAAGGAAUGAAGCUACAUUAUUUUCAUGAAAACGAAGCACAUUUUCUCUCAAAAUU